AUGGCGUUCCCACCACCGGAAGCAGAGGCUUCCUCCAGCAAAACAUUCCAAUCGUCCCCCGCCGCGAGACGCAUAUCUCCCUCGCCUAUCCGUCGCGUACAAGAUGAUCUUCAGCCGACGCCUGCAGACCUCGAAGCGAUGGGAAUCAAAGUCCGCGAUUGGGCAUACAACAACCCUCUGGUUCCACUGAAGUCGAUCAAACACCCGAGCAGGCGGAAUCCUAGAGCGUUGAAGCGUUUACGACCCGAUGGAACGGAGGUGUUGGAUCACGGAUAUGGGUUUAUCAUGGGGGUUGCUCGCACACGACCGCCGGACAGCCAUCCCGUCACGGGCGAGCGACCGAACAAGCUCCGACGCACGGACACGUCGCUCUCGAUCCCAUCCCACUCCUCGCUAUUCUCCAUGCUGCGCGGGAACUCGAUCACUGCAGGCGAAGAAGCUGAUCUGCGCGCGGCGUGCGAUGUGUUCUCGCAGCCGUUGUCGCAGGAACAAUGGCCCCAGUCGCAAGGCACUCCGCCCCCGCAGUCGCAAGAGCACUCGCAAGGGCAUCCCUCUUCCCAGCACCAGCCCCCGCACACCCCAAACAAUCCCUCCGAUUACGAAAGUUACGUGCCCACUCCUCCCAUCACCCCGAAUGGCACGAUGCUCUCGCUCACUGAUCCGCCCGGGAGCGAUGAGCUUCCGACUGUAACCCAAGAAGGAAACACCCCGCCCCUGGAAGAGCCUCCUCGGACGAACACCCCAUUGCACAACCCGAACGCAGUCGCCUCGUUGACAAGAACGCUGUCGCGGCUGUCCUCCCUUUCUUCCUUGACCCCGAUGACGUCGCCCCCGUCGUCACCUGUCCCGUCUUCUACGCCCCGCUAUGCGCUGCGCAGUCACGGUGCUGCUGUCGUGUCGCCCCGAGCUUGA